GGGAAGUGGAGUUCGCGCGUCUUGUUGUGCGUCCGUGGACCAAACAGCAGCAGCAGCAGCAGCAGCGGUGCGCCUUUCCUCCUCCAGAGCCGCAGGCAUCCCGGGGAGCAGCCGCGCCGUGCAUGCCUCGGACACCAGGAGGAGGAGGAUACUGCCUUUCUUCUUCAUUAUUAUUUUGACUGAUUGAGACAUAGAUAUUCUUCAUUUCCCUCAUGGUAACCAACACCGAGCAGCCGGAGACAUGUGGAAUAAUCUGGGGAAACUGCACCGCUUCUCUCUAGUGUGUCUUCUCCUGACGCUGUGGGCUGAGGUGUCUCAGUCCACGGGUUACUUCGAGCUGCAGUUGAUUUCGGUGGAAAACCCCAAAGGUCAGCUCCUGAACGGCGAAUGCUGCGACGCGGAGAAGAGCGCGGCGGAGGGCCACUGCGGCGCGGACGAGUGCGACACGUACUUAAAAGUGUGUUUAAAGGAAUACCAAACGGAGGUCACGACCAGCGGACCGUGCACCUACGGCUCGGAAACUACUAAGGUUAUCGGUGGGAAUACUUUUCAGUUCAAGGGCGGACAGAAAACCGGACAGAACCGGAACAAUGACGCUGGGAAGAUCAUCAUCCCCUUCCAGUUCGCGUGGCCGCGAGCGUACACUGUGAUAGUGGAGGCGUGGGACAGGGACAACGGCACACACAGCAAUGAUGAGGAGCUGCUGAUUGAGCGCAGCAUCCACAAAGGGAUGAUCAACCCCGGAGAGGAGAAGCAGCCGGUGGAGUAUAAAAGCUUGAUCGCCAGCCUUGAGUACACCAUCCGGGUACGCUGCGAUGAACACUACUACGGCAGCAAGUGCAACAAAGUUUGCCGUCCCCGCGACGACUACUUCGGCCAUUAUGUGUGCGACCAGUUGGGGAACAGAGGCUGCAUGGAGGGCUGGACGGGGCCCGACUGCAAAACAGCCAUCUGCAAGCAGGGAUGCAGCCUCCAGCAUGGGACGUGCAGCAUGCCGGGGGAGUGCAAGUGUAACUACGGCUGGCAGGGUCCGCUCUGUGACGAGUGUUUGCCGUAUCCCGGCUGUGUUCACGGCACCUGCAACGAGCCCUGGCAGUGCACCUGUGAGAAGAACUGGGGAGGUCUGCUCUGUGACAAAGAUCUGAACUACUGUGGGACCAACCGGCCCUGUAAGAACGGAGGGACGUGUAUGAACACAGAGCCGGACGAGUAUAACUGCGCCUGUCCCGACGGCUACUCGGGCAAAAACUGCGAGAUCGCGGAGCACGCCUGUGUGUCCAACCCCUGUGCCAACGGAGGGACGUGCCAUGAAGUCCCCUCAGGAUUUGAGUGUCACUGUCCGGCAGGCUGGUCUGGGCCGACCUGUGCUAAAGACACAGAUGAAUGUGCCUCUAGCCCCUGUGCUCAGGGAGGAACCUGCAUGGACAUGGAGAACGGCUUCGAAUGCGUCUGUCCUCCGCACUGGACGGGCAAGACCUGCCAGAUAGACGUUAAUGAGUGUGCGGGGAAGCCUUGCCUCAAUGCUUACUCUUGCAAAAACUUGAUUGGUGGAUAUCACUGUGCCUGCUUUCGUGGAUGGGUUGGCCAGAACUGUGACAUCAAUAUGAACAGUUGCCAUGGUCAGUGUCAGAAUGGAGGGACCUGCAAGGAGGUGGCCAGAGGCUACCAGUGUGUUUGCCAGCCAGGAUUCGUGGGUCGGCACUGCGAGGUUCAGAGAAACCGCUGUGCCAGCAGUCCAUGUAGGAACGGUGGCCGCUGCCACGCCCUGCUGGACGGGUUCAUGUGUGAAUGCCUGCAGGGCUUCGCUGGUACAACUUGUGAGGUGCAGAAUGACCCCUGCAGCCCGAACCCAUGUCACAAUAAGGCCCAGUGCCACAGCCUGAUGGGAGAUUUCUACUGCAGCUGCCCCGACGAUUACGAGGGCAAAACCUGCUCAGAGCUCAAGGACCACUGCAAGACCAACCGCUGUCAAGUGAUUGACAGUUGCACUGUAGCCGUGGCAACCAACGACACCCAAAAGCGGGUGUGGCACAUCUCAUCCAAUGUGUGCGGUCCUCACGGCCGCUGCAUCAGCCUGCCUGCUGGGAACUUCAGCUGCUCAUGUGAGCCGGGAUUCACUGGCACCUACUGCCACGAGAACAUAAACGACUGUGCAUCAUCCCCCUGUAAGAACGGAGGCACUUGCAUCGACGGGAUCAACUCCUUCGAGUGUUUCUGCCCAGACGGCUGGGAGGGCAGUCUAUGCGAUAUUGAUGUGAAUGAGUGCAACAGGAACCCCUGUCAGAACGGAGGCCAAUGUGUCGAUCUGCUCAACGACUUCUACUGCAACUGUGUGGACAACUGGAAAGGAAAGACCUGCCACUCACGUGAGAGCCAGUGCGACUCCACUACCUGCAGUAAUGGAGGGACGUGUUACGACCACGGAGACUCUUUCCUGUGCAGCUGCCCCUCAGGCUGGGGUGGCAGCACCUGCAACACAGCCAAGAACAGCACAUGUGACUCGGGUCCUUGUGAGAACGGAGGGACGUGUGUCGGAGGGGGAGACGCCUUCACCUGCAUCUGCAAGGACGGCUGGGAGGGACUCACCUGUGCACAGAAUGUCGAUGACUGCAAUCCCCAUCCUUGCUACAACGGAGGCAUCUGCGUCGACGGUGUGAACUGGUUUCGCUGCGAGUGUGCCCCAGGAUUCGCCGGACCCGACUGCCGCAUCAACAUAGACGAGUGUCAGUCGUCUCCUUGUGCCGAAGGUUCGACCUGCAUGGAUGAAAUCAACGGCUACCGCUGUGUUUGUCCUCCAGGACACGCUGGACCUCGCUGUCAGGAGUUUAUCGGACUCGGGAAGUCAUGCCGUCACGCUGGCCUGCAGUUUCCUCAUGGCAGCCGGUGGGAGGAGGAGUGUAAUGCGUGCCAGUGUGUCAACGGAUACGUUCGCUGCUCUAAGGUGAGGUGUGGUCGUCGGCCCUGCCUCCUCCCAAAGGCUCUGCCUCCUCCUGCGGACACAAACGCCCCGUCUUGCCCCGGAGGUCAUGAAUGUGUGGAGCAUCAGUUCCUCACCUGCUUCUCGCCGCCAUGUCACCAGUGGGGUGUGUGUUCAACGCCAGACCCUCCAACGCCCCUGCACACCCAGUGUGAGCCCAACAGUGGUUACCUUGACAACAGCUGUGCUCGCAUCACGCUCAUCUUCAAAAAGGACAAAGUGCCUCAGGGCACCACUGUGGAGAACAUCUGCUCCGAGCUGAGGUACCUUCCUGUAACUCAGACGCUGGCCGAGGAGCGAGCGCUGCUCAUCCUCUGUGACCUGUCCUACUCAAACAGUGAUGCCGUGGAGGUCGCCAUGUCCUUUGAGCAGGACGGGCGGUCGAAGGACAGCGAUCGUGGACAGAUCCAGAGGGCAGCAAGCGCCAUCAUCAACGCCCUCUCCAAACGCCACAACAGCACCGUCAUGCUGGCCGUGGUGGAGGUCAAAGUGGAGACGCAGGUGGAGCCGCCGCCUGUCGGUUACCUGGUCCCGGUGCUGUGCGUCGUCUUCAGCGUCCUCUGGAUCUUCUGCAUCGUUGUUUGCGUCUGGUGGACCCGCAAGAGGAAGAAAGAGCGCGAGAGAGCGGCCCGAUCCGAGGACACGACCGUCAACAACCAGCUGGAGCCGCUGCGGAGCAACGCCCUCAAGGACAACCGAGACAAAGACAUUCAGUACGAAUGCAAGAAACUGAUGGGCCCCUCCGACAGGACGGGCGACGGGGCCGAGGGCGAGGAGGAAGGGGAGCAGGAGGGGGAGCAGGAGGAAGACGAGGAGAGGGCGCUGGGCAUGGGGGAGAAGUGUCCGCCGCAGAAGUGCUCCAUAGCGGGGGCGCAGGACAGGGGGGUGAUGGGUAAGGGAGGGGUGAUCUGCACGUCACGCAGCGGUCCGGUCAAGGCGCCGCACCGGACAGCGUACAGCCCCAAAGACAACCGGUGUAAAAACCUGAACGCCGCCAAGCUCAGCGAGGACAUUAAAGACCACUAUGUAUGAACACAUGAGCGGAGGAGGAGGGACCUUCCUGAAUCAAAGAAAAACAAACUGCGAUGUCUUCAGCGUCACUGACUUUUCAACUCUUAAAAGCACCAAAAGUGAAGAUUACAGAUGCUUUAAUUUUCUAUUUUUGUUUGUCACAUCUUAUUUAACGUCUUUGUCUGCAGCACGGAGGCUUAUUUUACUAAAAAACUACAAAAAAAAUACAGAAAACAAACAAAAAAAAAAGACGGAAAAUAAACAACACAGCUUCUGGAUUUCUGGUUUUCUCGUCACACUGUUGGAAUCAAAAAGAAUUUUCUUUUCACGGCUCCUGAUUUUUUUUCUGUUUACAAACAGUUUUCAUCAGAACUAACGCUUCCCUUCUGUUUCUCUGUCGGAGAUCUAACUGGACGCCAUCGGCUGGCAGCUGUUAACAUUGUUUCUACUGUUCCUGUCUGCCUUAGCCCAAACCUGCGGGCCUUUUCUACACUGUCUUGAUAUCGUGUCUUUUUAUAAAAGAAAACUCAAAAAAAAAGUUUUAUAUACAUUUAAGUCCUUGAAAGUUGGCACAGAGAAUCCACUGUAUGAUACCCGGCAUGAGCAUUUUUUUUUUUGUUUACAUUCAUAAACAUCUUUUCCGUUUUGUGUUGAGGCUUAAAGGUUCUUACGUAUAUCCUUUGAAAUGAUUAUGUCACUGCUUCCUGCGAGUCCACAUGAUGAUUUUUCAGUAUUUGCUUUGGUAGAAAAGUGCCUUCAGCCCUUAUUUUUUUCUCCUUUCCUCUCCUCCUAUAGAGUUUAUGCAGAAUUUAAAAACAUAUAAAGGGAAAGAUGUCCUAGUAACAACUCUUCAUACCACAGUAAAGGUUAUUUUCUUUGCGAUGUGUACAUAUGUAAAUAUGAGAAAAAAAUGGCUGUGUAUAUUUGAAUUUAGUAACUUAAGUGAUGCUUUGUAUGAUAGUUAUUCUAAAGACUGUUUUUGUGGUUGAUGUUUUUUUUUUAAUGAUGUCAUUCCGUUUAUUAGUGUCUGUCGACACUAGGACAGGUUUUAUACAGAUGUUCGGACUGUGUCCAGGGUCCCACUGAAUCAUGAGCAUUGGUUUAAAAAAGAAAACUGUUUGUUUUUAUGUGUUAUGGUUAUUUGUUACAGCUGUUCAGAACACAGACACAGAGUUUGGAGAGCUGUUUGUUCGGCCUGUCAGUCAUUGUGAGAGGUUGUUAGGAUGUGAGAGGCGUCGACUACCAGCUCAGUAGUCAGUGUUACCUCCAUAGAAACCUCCUCUCCAACAGUCCUGUUCAUUUCAACUGUUUUUUGAUCGUGUAAAAAACAGACUCCCCCUCAUAUGCAAGAUUUCUUUAACAGCUAUUAAAGGUUUAGGUUUCUGAGAGUUCAGACUAUUUUUAAAAGCCCUUAUACGCUUAAAAAUCUGUAUGUCUUCUGGGCCACCGUACGUGCAAAAAUCACCCUUGGAAAACCAUUUAAUUUUUAUUAAAUGGCUCAAGUAUGUCAGUGGGCAAAUUGUGCUUUAACCACAACCCUCCAAAAAACAAUCUGAGAUCCUGUUUACAGCUGGUAUUAAAACACGUCUUUGGCCAUCUGAUCACAGUGGACAGCACUAAAUACAAGUGUCAACGACCACCAAGAUGCAUUGUGAUCCGAUCAAUCAAACCACUUGCUGAAGUGGUCUAGGACGCAUUUGACCACAUAUCUUUUGUGGUGUGAACACUAAGAUGUCCUGAUUCGUCCCCGAGAAGGACGUAACAGGAAAAUCCGUCAUCAGUUUAGGACGUGGUGGUUGUUUUUGGGACAGAGGUGGACGAAGUGUUGCAUGACUAUCCAUCGUCUUGCCCCCAAGAAGGAGAUGUGUUGAUCUUCUUCGGCGUUAUCUUUUUCCGACAUCUUAGGUGAUCUGAUCUCAGUGGACAGCGCCAAACACAAGUGUAAAAGACUACCAAGAGGCAUUGUGAUCCGAUCAUUCAAACCACUUGACAAGGUGGUCUAGGGCACGUAAACACUAAAACGUUCUGAUUCGUCCUUGACAAAAAUGUAACUUGAAAAUCUGUCAUCAGCGCAGGACAUGGUGGUUGUUUUGGUGACAGAGUUGGAUGAAGUGUUGCAUGACCGUCACUCAGCCUAGAACGCAUUUGACCACAUGUUUUGCCGCGUGAACACUAAAAUGUCCUGAUGCAUCCUUGACAAGGAUGAAACAUGAAAAUUCGUCGGCAAUGCAGGACGUGGUGAUUGUUUUGGGGAUAUGAUGCAUGACUGUCCAUCGUUUUGCCCCGUGGAAGGAGAUUUGUUGAAUACCCCUGAGCAGCAGUGUCUUUUCCAACGCAACCGCUAACAUGAAUAGCAAGCAUGCUAGCAAGCAGUUAGUGAGAGUGUGGACGAAAUAACUGUGCAUGGCGCUCUUUGACCUUCUAGCCUAAGUCAUGUAGGGGAUAACAAAAUCUGAGCACAAGUGUAAGAGAAGCGUGAUGGACACAGGUGUCAACGGUGAUGUUUUUCUCGGCUGUCCACUUGUGUUCGAAUCACCAAAACGUGUCUUAAUACCAGGUGUAAACAGGUGUAAAUGUUUUUUUUUUAGUAAGACAGGUUCUAAACGAUGCUUGUGGAAGUACUUUGGCAAAUUGUGUUAGUCUGUUUCCGUUUUUUCCACAUUUCAUGCUGGUGUUUCACGUCCUUCUGGCUGUAUGUUUGUAUGUAAAUAUUAAGAACACCCUGUUAGCGUCCUGUUGAAGAGCAUCAGUGCACAGGGAGGUAACACCUGAGAGCAGCCAGCAGGCCUUUUUGGUUUCUUUUUGUGUAAGAUUUUUGUUAACGGAUAGAGCUACGUGUCUUUCUCCAAAAGUCUGGAGAAGUGAGACAUUGCUUGUUUAUUGUGGCAAGUGCCCGAACCCUCCUUAUUGAUCCAGAGUUCACUUUACUUUGAAAUGAUGCUGCAGGUUGAACAUUUCUGCACUUUUUUGUUCAAUAGUACGACGGAAAAUGACUUAAGUCCAGAAUUACUCCCUUAUUUGAGUUUUAAAUACUUCCAACAUAAAAAAACAGUCAGCUUCUUUAUAGUGAGCGAUAUAUUGAGAUGUAUGGACACUCUGUCAGAAGUAUCGGACACACAUCUCUUAAUUUUGUGAUUUCACAGCGUCCAUUUUGUUACAUUUUUUUCAUCCCUUCUAAAUAUUUAGAGACCACUAGAUCAAAAGUUCUGAGGAGCUCUGCUGCCUAAUCCAUCACCUGCUCUUAUAGGGACUCCAAAUGGUGCAAACUACAGUAAAGUAUCCCUGUGCUGCAUCAGAGAGUCAGGUUUUGACCCAGCGCUGAUGCAUCUGAUUUCUAUUUUCAAUACUCACUUUUACGGGUCACAGGGUCCAAACAACUUUAAAGCACUGCUGCCAGUCUCCGUCUCUUCGGCCUUCUCGUACUUCAGUUAUAAAUCUAGUAUUUCACAGUGUGUUGACAGUGGAGAUGCCAUGCAGGGCAGCAGGGUGUUUAGUGAGUAUGAAAACCCUUCUUGUGCUGCGCCCCCCCCCCGACAUGCCCUGCUACAACACACUGAGUCCCCGUCAUAGACAAAAGGUGUGUGGUUUGAGUGGGAAUCGACUCACAGCGGACGAGUGUGAAUCCUAAAUGUUUUUCCCCAUUUAGCCCCGCCUCUCCUCGUGUAUCUAUUCUGGUCUAAUGAAGGGAACAAGUUGUAUUGUUGUUGAUGUUGUUGUGGUUGUUGUUCAGUGUUUGUAAAGAGUCUGUUUCUGCACUAAGAACACACAGGAGAAGAGAAACGUUUAGCAUUACCUCCACAGUGGUAGUGAAAUUAAAAAGAGUCAGAUAUCGUCACUAUUUUGUGGAUGAACAUUAUGUUUUCAAGAUUUUAUGUUUUUGUUAAUAAUGCUGAUGCAAAUCAUGUAAAACCCAAAUUCAUACUCUGUCAGUAAAUCUUACGUUGUGUGAGUCCCACAGGAGGGGCUGAAUGUGCAGAACAUUGUAAUUAUUUUGUACAAAAUUUGGUAAAAGUCUUGGUUUGUUAGUGGAUUUUUUUUUUGUUUGUUCUUAGAACAAUCCUAUUAUUUAUUAAAGUAUUUUAUACCAAA